AGCCCUUAAUUCAAGUUCAUUCAAGUUCAGAUACCUCAUUCUUAGACCAAUACACAAAUCUUAACACCAUCAAUGGCAAGCGAGCAGUUUAAGCCCAUCGUUUCUCUCCUUGUAUUCCUCAACUUCUGCAUGUACGCAAUUGUGGCAGCCAUUGGAGGCUGGGCCAUCGACAUUGCCAUUGAUCGAGGAUUCAUCAUAGGUCCAGAGCUACGACUCCCAGCUCAUUUCAUACCAAUAUUCUUUCCGAUUGGGAAUGCAGCCACUGGGUUCUUUGUGAUGUUUGCACUGAUAGCUGGAGUCGUGGGCGCUGCCUCUGCCCUCGCUGGCUUCAACCACAUUCGCUUUUGGAAUUAUGACAGCUUGCAGCCUGCUGCGUCAUCUGGUAUCAUUGCAUGGGCACUCACUCUCAUUGCAAUGGGCUUGGCUUGCAAGGAGAUUAAUUUAGAGGGAAGGAACGCACGCCUGAAAACAAUGGAGGCUUUCUUGAUCAUUCUCUCAGCUACGCAGCUUGUCUACGUCCUUUCUAUUCGUGGGGCAUCACCUGCGCAUCAUGCAAUACCAAGGAGAUGAGCUUGGAGGCUAAGUUGGCUGGAGAAUUCUUCUGAAGAAAAGAGAAAAACUCAGUUGGAGAAUUGAGUGCACCUUGGACUGUUUGUUUGUGCUUUGUUCUGCCGUCUUAAUGUUCCUCGAGUGAGAUUGCAAGAAUCAGCAGGGUUCAUUCAUUCUGUCUUAUUGAUGCGGUGUGUUUAAUAAAUCUUGACAUAUAUUUGAUUGA